AUGUUGUUCAAAGCGGGAAUUAUCGCCUUUACGCUCCUUGUAGGAUGCUUGGCGUUUCCCGCCCAAGAUGAUAUGUCCAUCUUCUUUGACCACACGGACCCAGACUCCCGUAUUGUGGGAGGCGUAACUGCUGGUGUGGUACCAUGGAUGGUUGGAUUAAGCCAGGGAUCCCUGGUAAGGAGCUUCGUUUGCGGUGGCUCCAUCAUCACAAAUAGACACAUCCUCACCGCUGCACAUUGCGUUGAUCAUGUCUUCAGCGGCGGUAGACUGUCCAGUACUCUCCGUGCCACGGUUGGCACCAACCGAUGGAACAGUGGCGGCACUAGCUACACCCUGGCCAGGAACAUCAGCCACCCCAACUACGUGACAUCUAUCAUCAAGAACGACAUCAGUUUCCUCGUCACUUCAUCCAACAUUGCGUUCAAUAAUAAUGUCAGGGCUGUUGUUUUAUCGUACAAUAACAUCGGAGCUGGCGUGCAGACCAGAGUAAACGGCUGGGGUAGAACCAGGACUGGUGGUUCCCUGUCAAACAAUUUAAUGGAACUUAGAUCGUCCGUUGUGGACAACAACUUUUGUGUGGACACUGUCGCUCGAGUGGCAAGGGAGCUGCGUAUUGUGGCACCAGCUGUCCAGCCUCAUAUAGAAAUAUGUACCUUCGUCGCUGUGAACCAGGGCACUUGUAAUGGUGACUCCGGCAGUGCGCUGGUACGACACGACAAUAACCAGCAGAUCGGUAUCGUGUCGUGGGGCCUGCCGUGCGCACGCGGCGCUCCGGACAUGUUCGUGAGGGUUAGCGCUUACAGAAGCUGGAUUGAAAACGCUAUCCGAUACUUUGUUAUAUUUCGCGGAUCAGACGGCCGUAUGGGAAUCAAGAUGUUCAAACUUAUUUUAACUUUCGCAACGGUCAUUUUUGGAAAUUUGGCGCUUCCAUUAGAUGAAACGGAUCUUGCCAAAUACUUUUCAAACCAAGAUGCACGAAUUGUUAAUGGCGUAGACGCCCCCGAAGGCAGUAUCCCGUACAUGGCAGCUCUAGUCCACGGCCUGCUAAUCGGAAGCUUUCAAUGUGGAGGUUCUGUGAUCACCACGAGACAUAUUCUAUCGGCGGCGCACUGUUUUGAACGCCUUUACCAGGAUGGACAACUAACUCCAACACUACGUGUAAUAGUGGGAACAAAUUACUGGAACUUGGGUGGCCAAACUUACAGCAUCCAAAGAAACAUCACCCACCCCAAGCAUAUCUACAUCAGGGAUCCUCUCAACGUCACGUAUGACAUUGGGCUUCUCAUCACCAAUUCGGAAAUAGUUCUGACGGAACGAGUCCAGUUGGUGCCAUUAAAUUUGGAGCAUCUUCAAGGACCUGUGUCUCCAAACCUCCAAGAGCUAACUGUUACUACUCUGGAUGAUGAGCGCUGUGAUCGGGAAUUAAGGCAAGCGUCAAUUGAUUCUGGUAUGGCUCUGCCGGACUACAAGCCCGAGACAGAAUUCUGCACCCUCCACUCAUUUGGCCACGGAGUAUGCAAUGGUGAUUCCGGCAGUGCCCUGGUAACAGCAUCCGGUCACCAGAUUGGCAUCGUCUCGUGGGGCCUGCCGUGCGCACGCGGCGCUCCUGAUGUUUUCGUCAGAAUAAGCGGCUUCAAAGAUUGGCUCCGAGAUAAUCUAGUUAUUUAA